AUGAUGACGUGCCGUCUGCUGUGCGCCCUGUUGGUGCUUGCCCUGUGCUGCUGCCCGUCCGUGUGCGUGACAGGGACUGGUGAAGAUCAAGAGGAGGACGGCUCCAGUUUAUCGCCUGCUUUGCCAGAGGGGCCCGCUGGGCCAGAGUCGCGAAGUACGUCCAGUAAAGAACACAAAAGAAGUGAGAGCCAAACGUCACAAGGAUUAAGUUCCGGGAACGGUAAUACACAAAAUCCAGGUGAAAACGAUGCGGUAGGGCCAAACAAGACGGACGGUAAAGAACCGAAUUCAGGCACGACGACCGAUACCGUACAAGAGACAGGCAUGGGAUCGGCUCCGUCAGCAAGUCCCGAUCCAACACCUCCGGGGCCUAUUACAGAAGAGCAACCAAGUGGAUCCGCUGACCCAGUCCAACAAAUUCAAAAGGCAAAUGCGCCAACUACGACGACCACGACAACCACGACAACCACCACGACGACCACUGCGCCAGAGGCACCAAGUACUACGACCACAGAGGCGCCAACCACAACGACCACCCGCGCACCGUCACUUCUUCGCGAAAUCGACGGCAGCCUCAGCAGCUCUGCGUGGGUGUGUGCCCCGCUGCUGCUCGCCGUAUCCGCGCUGGCGUACACCACUCUGGGCUGA